GUGAGCGGCUCGGCUUCUGGCGGGCGCUCAGUGGUGGCCACGACGCUGGUACUGAAGGAUAUCAUCUCUCUGCGUUGCCAGGAAGCUCGCUAACGCCCAUGGACUCCUGGGGGAUCCUCGCGGCGCUCGCGGUGGCGGUGGGAGCCGCGGCAGGAGAAAUUUGUCAGGGCGAGGAGUGCAUGAGAGACCUUAGGAUACAGCGAUUGAAAUAUUUCUUCGACGGCGUCACGCCAACUUCACAGGACCCGCCUGUCACCGUGAAGGACGUGGGUCAGUAUGUAACACACAAGAUUAGCGAUCUUAUCAAAGGGUUCAGCUUUGGUCAGAGUCAAAGCGAUGAACAAGUCGGUGGAAGACAGGAGCGGCAGUAUUACGGCUCGACGGGAUACGGCAAUUAUUACGGCAACACAGGCUACGGUCUGUAUGGAGGUAGUAGUUCCAGCACGUCAUACAAUGGCUUGGACGCUGCACUGUCUGCUCUUGCCUUCCUUGCUUUUGGUGUCUGGCUGUUCAACCUCGUGCUUCCAAAACUCCAGGGGGCCGACCUAGACCUAGGAGGGUUAGGGAGGACGUCUGCUCUCCGUCAGGAAGCGGGCAGGGACGCCUUUGGAGCGUUAAGCACUCUAGCCACCACUCAAGAUCUUAUAAAUAAUAUCUUCGGCCAAGGAAAAGCCCAGAGUAGCAGGCAGCUUUUACAAAACUGGUUCGGCGAGCAGCUCUUAAGCACAGCAGAAAAUGCCUUUUUGUCGGUAAUCCACUAUUUCUCGGAUCCUCCCACUGGCCACAGGUCCUCAGUGAGGAGACAGGAGUCCUCCAGCAACAGAAGGACGAGUCGCAGCCGCCCUGGGGGCGCCCCGGGAGUUCAAGGAAAGCUCCAGGACGCGAUCACAUACCUCGCCAACAUGCUUUCAGCGUCGCCCUCUGAACACCGGUUUCCUGCGUCGCCGAGAAAGGAAACAUCGGAUCUUUAAACAGCAGGAGGCCAAGCGGAGGCCUACGUACGUCAGAAACUGUAGGUGAAGGUUUGAAAAUCAAUCUUCAUCACACAUACAUCUUUGGGCGUGACGUGUAUGACGUCAAACUACACAUUCCCCUCAAGUAUCGCCCGUAACGCACACUACCUUAAUGCUCCGGUGAUUUCAAGCGGUGAGCAAACGUUACAUUCAUCUUUAUAUCAGAUAGAUGACUCUAAUAAAAGGUCUUGAAUGCUUGAUAAGCCUGAAUGAGCUAACAGAUCAACG